GAGCGUUGCAGAUCGAGAACAGCGAGGAGACGGACCAAGGGAAGUACGAGUGCGUGGCCACCAACUCUCAGGGCGUGCGCUACUCCUCUCCUGCGAACCUAUACGUCCGAGUACGCCGUGUGCCCCCUCGUUUCUCUAUCUUACCCUCCAGUCAUGAGAUCAUGCCUGGGGGGAGCGUCAACAUCACCUGCGUGGCUGUGGGCUCGCCCAUGCCUUACGUCAAGUGGAUGCUGGGCAACGAGGACCUGACCCCGGAGGACGAAAUGCCCAUCGGGAGGAAUGUGCUGGAGCUGAACGGGGUCCGCGAAUCGGCCAACUACACCUGCGUGGCCAUGAGCAGCCUGGGGAUCAUUGAGGCCUCUGCUCAGGUCUUGGUCAAGACGUUACCAAAGCCUCCUGGGACACCCAUUGUCACAGAGACCACAGCCACCAGCAUCACCAUCACCUGGGACUCGGGCAACCCCGACCCCGUCUCCUACUACAUCAUCCAGUAUCGAGCCAAGGGGCCGGACAGCAAGUACGAGACGGUGGACAGCAUCACCACCACCCGCUACAGCAUUGGUGGUCUCUACCCCAACACCGAGUACGAAAUCCGAGUGUCGGCCUUCAACAGCAUCGGUCAGGGACCCCCCUCCACCCGUGUGGAGGCUCGCACCGGAGAGCAAGCCCCUGCCAGUCCUCCCAGAAACGUCCUUGCCCACGUUAUCGCUGAGAACAACGUGAUGGUUCGCUGGGAGGAGCCAGAAGAACCCAAUGGACAGGUGAAGGGUUAUCGCGUGUACUACACCAUGGAUCCAUCCAGGCCUAUCAACGAGUGGCAGAUCCAUAAUGUCCAGGACAGUUUGCUKACCACCAUCCAGAACCUCAGAACCUUGGAGACCUACACCAUCCAGGUCCUGGCCUUCACUUCUGUAGGGGACGGCCCCUUCUCAGACCCUGUUCAUGUCAAAGUUUUGCAUGGAGUUCCAGGCCAACCAGGCAAGUUUAAGGUGGGGAAGGUGACAGACACCAGCAUCGAGCUGACCUGGGAACCCAUCUACAACAAGGAGAAAAUCAUCAAGUAUGAGCUGCUCUACAGGCCCGUCAAGUUCGGCAGCGUGGCGACGCUGAGCUUCGAGCCGAGGAACUCCUACACCGUGGAGGGUCUGAAAGCCAACACGGAGUACUCCUUCUCCCUGGCCGCCAUGUCAAGCAAAGGCAUCGGAGCGUUCACUAAUGAGCUGGUGCAGAGGACGUCACAGGCCAAACCCUCCGCCGCCCCCGAGGGUGUGUCCUGCGAGCGCGUCAGCUCCACCUCGCUCAGAGUGAGCUGGACGCCACCUCAGCUGGAGGCCCGGAACGGCGAGUUGGCAGGUUAUGAGCUCAAAUACCAGAAGGUUUCUGGGGCAGGAGGAGGAGGUCAGGGUCUGGAGGUGACGGCGCCUCCUGUCCCAGCCCACCUUGAACAAACUGUGCUUGAGGGGCUGGAGAAGUGGAGCUGGUACAAUAUGACAGUAGCGGCCUCCACUGCAGAGGGGGCCGGACCCACCAGCCCAACUGUGGUCUGCAGAACCGAUGAGGACGUUCCUGGCGCCGCCCCCCGUCAGGUGGACGUCCAGCCACUGAACUCCUCGGCGCUCCGGGUCACGUGGCGCUCGGUGCUGCCACGGCUACGGCACGGCCAGGUCCGCGGCUACCAGGUGCACUUCAGCCGCGCGGAGAGCGGCGAGUCGCGCACUCUGCCUCAGAUCAAAGACCUCCUACUGGACGACUCCCAGAUGGAGGAGAAUGAUUCCACUCUGUAUGAGCUGAUUUUGGGAGGUUUGAAAGCAGAGACUUUGUACUCCGUCUCAGUGGCUGCAUACACCACUAAAGGGGAUGGAGCUCACAGCAAAGCCAAGCUAGUGCAGACCACUGGGAUUGUGCCCGGACCCCCCUCCCUCUGGGUGCGUCCAGGAUUGGGUUCAUCCGUGGUGCUGAGGUGGGCUCCUCCCCAGGAUUGCUCUGGGACUGGUUCUGACAGCCGAGGGACUCCAGUGGAAAUCCGGGGCUACCGCCUCCAGUUUGGCUUGAAGAACAGCUCUUUGAACAGCACGGUGGAUUUCACGCACCGGGAGAGAAACUUCACCCUCAGAGACCUCUCCCCAGGCUCCUCCUACCUGUUCGCCCUCUCCGCAAAGAGCCGAGCAGGCUAUGGAGAGGCGGCUCGGCAGGAAAUUGCCGUCCCUAUGUUCCCGCCCUCCGGAUACCCCAGACUAGCUGACUUUGUUAACGUGACGUGCUGCUCCCUUCAGUUCUCCUGGCUGCCUCCUGCCCCAGARGAGUCCGACGGUGUCCUAACCGAGUACACCGUCUCUUACAAACAAGCUGCCACCCCUGGACUCUCGACUGACCCAGGCUCCUCCGCCAUACCCAGUCCUCCCACUCCCCCGUGGCUCGUCACACUCCCAGCGAGUGAGUCCAGCUACAUCAUCGUAGGCCUCAAUCACAGCACGGCCUACGAGGUGCAGCUCCGAGCCCACAACAAGGCAGGGCCAGGCCCUUUCAGUCCCCCUCUGCUGUGCCUCACCCUGGCCUUUGACACAGACGUGCCGAGGAACUUUUCAGUCAAUCUGGCCACUAAGACCAGCGUCCUUCUCACCUGGGACUUUCCAGAAACCACCAAUCCCUACCGCUUCAUUGUGGAGUACAACCGUCAGAAGAUGGAGGUGGAUGCUCGCCUGAAGAAGGCGGUCAUCCCGAACCUUCAGCCUGACACCAGCUAUGACUUUAAAAUUACCGCUCCCGAAGGAAACAUGGGAGGUCUUCGACACCGCAUUACCGCCAAAACAUCUCCACCAAUCACCAUCCGCCGCCCCGAGAUCGACCACACCCGAGAAACUGAGACCACCGUCACAAUCAUCCUGCCCUCUCUGGAAACUCGCUCUCCUGUUAAGAACGUUUACGUCGUUGUGGUUCCGCUGAAGAGAACCCGCGGCGUCAUCAGGCAGCCCAAAAGUCCAGAUGAAAUGGACCUGGAGGAGCUGUUAAGAGACAUCAGUCAAAGGCAGAGGGAUUCUAGACAGCAGAAGCAGGUGGACCUGAGGCGGGCUUACAUCACGGCCCGCUUCACACCUGCCACCCUGCCAGCCUUCUUCACCCUGGGGGACCAGCUGGACUAUGGGGGCUUCGAGAACCGAGCUCUGGAGCCAGGGCUGGAGUACGUCUUCUUCAUCCUGGCAGAGCUGAACUCGACGACAGGGAGAAUGUACGUGGCCAGCCCUUACACAGAACCGGUGAUCGCCCCGGACUCCGACCCCCAGCCCUUUGACGCAGGUGAUGGUCUGAUCUGGGUGGUCGGACCGGUCCUGGCUGUGGUCUUCAUCAUCUGCAUUGUUAUUGCCAUCCUCCUUUACAAAAACAAACCUGACAGCAAACGCAAAGACUCGGAACCAGGAACCAAGAGCCUUUUGGGCAACGCGGAGAUGAUGGCCCAUCACCCCACGGACCCCGUGGAGAUGAGACGCAUUAACUUCCAGACUCCCGGCAUGAUGAGCCACCCCCCCAUCCCGAUCAGCGAGCUGGCUGAGCACAUCGAGCUGCUGAAAGCCAACGACAACUUGAGGCUCUCCCAGGAGUACGAGUCGAUCGACCCGAGCCAGCAGUUCACCUGGGAGCACUCCAACCUGGAGGUUAACAAGCCCAAAAACCGCUACGCCAACGUCAUCGCGUACGACCACACCCGAGUCAUCCUGGCUCCCAUAGAAGGAAUCGUGGGGAGCGACUACAUCAACGCCAACUACAUCGAUGGCUACAGGAAGCAGAACGCCUACAUCGCUACACAGGGUCCUCUGGCGGAGACUUUCGGGGACUUCUGGAGGAUGGUUUGGGAGCAGCGGACUGCGUCUGUCGUCAUGAUGACGCGCCUGGAGGAGAAGUCCCGGAUAAAGUGUGAUCAGUACUGGCCGAGUCGCGGCACAGAGACAUACGGGAUGAUCCAGGUCACGCUGCUGGACACGAUGGAGCUCGCCACUUUUUGCGUUCGCACCUUUUCCCUCCACAAGAGUGGUAGCAGUGAAAGGAGAGAGGUGCGUCAGUUCCAGUUUACAGCUUGGCCUGAUCACGGCGUGCCCGAGUAUCCCACCCCAUUCCUAAACUUCCUCCGCAGGGUGAAAGCCUGCAAUCCUCCCGAUGCUGGACCAAUCACAGUUCACUGCAGUGCUGGUGUUGGUCGCACCGGCUGUUUCAUCGUCAUCGAUGCCAUGCUGGAGCGCAUCCGACACGAGCGCACCGUAGACAUCUACGGCCACGUGACGCUCAUGCGCUCGCAGAGGAACUACAUGGUGCAAACGGAGGACCAGUACAGCUUCAUCCACGAGGCGCUGCUGGAGGCCGUGGCCUGCGGGAACACUGAGGUGGCUGCCCGCAGCCUCUACUCCUACAUGCAGAAACUAUCCAAGGUGGAGCCUGGAGAGCACAUCACCGGCAUGGAGCUGGAGUUUAAGCGCCUGGCUAACACCAAAGCCCACACAUCCCGGUUUGUCACAGCCAAUCUGCCCUGCAACAAAUUCAAGAACCGACUCGUGAACAUCAUGCCCUAUGAAACCACUCGCGUGUGCCUCCAGCCWAUCAGAGGUCUGGAAGGCUCCGACUACAUCAACUCCAGCUACAUUGAUGGAUACAGGCAGCAAAGAGGCUAUAUUGCCACCCAGGGUCCACUGGCGGAGACCACGGAGGACUUCUGGAGGAUGCUUUGGGAACACAACUCCACCAUCGUGGUCAUGCUGACGAAGCUGAGAGAAAUGGGGCGGGAGAAGUGUCACCAGUACUGGCCCGCUGAGCGCUCUGCCAGGUAUCAGUACUUUGUGGUGGACCCGAUGGCGGAGUACAACAUGCCUCAGUACAUCCUCCGGGAGUUCAAAGUUACAGAUGCCAGGGACGGCCAGUCAAGAACAGUGCGCCAGUUCCAGUUCACCGAUUGGCCAGAGCAAGGCGUGCCCAAAUCCGGGGAAGGCUUCAUCGACUUCAUCGGCCAAGUGCACAAAACCAAGGAGCAGUUUGGCCAAGACGGACCCAUCACCGUUCACUGCAGUGCUGGAGUUGGGCGGACAGGUGUCUUCAUCACUCUGAGUAUUGUCCUGGAGAGGAUGCGUUACGAAGGGGCAGUGGACAUCUUCCAAACUGUCAAAAUGCUGCGCACACAGAGACCAGCGAUGGUGCAGACUGAGGACGAGUACCAGUUCUGCUACCAGGCUGCUCUGGAGUACCUGGGUAGCUUCGACCACUAUGCAACGUAAGAGGAGACUCGACCGUGCGGCCAUCUUUCUGCUUCGAGGUUCGAACCAACGAGCGCCGCGACAGAAAGGCGGUGUGAACGAAACAACGUGAACAUUUCAUGGAAGCAGAACUUAAAGAGCAACCUGACAUCAACAAGCAACAACAACAAAAAAACAAAACAAAAGCAAAACAACAACAACAACAAAAAACAGCAACAAAAAUUUUGUCCGACAGCACUCAAACGCUCCUCGGUAGUUUCCCCUCCAAUCUGAUGGGUGAGGAGACCAACCAUGUGUAAUCCAUAUACUUACCUCAGUGUUCCAGUGUGAAGGACGUAUAAUACAUGUGUGUUGUGGUCAGCUAUCUCCAGUAUGAACCAGUGAAAUACAAACGGCUUCUGAACCGGAGUUCUGAUACUCCAUGUGUGUAAAAUACAGAAAAAAAGAUUCAAGAGAAAAAAAAAGAUAUAAAAACACAAAGAGCCUGGAUAUUUGCUGCACCCUAAAUGGGCUUUUUAUCCUCAACUUUAUAUCUAUUAGUUUGAUGUUCUAAAGGAGUUAGAGUGAACAUUUCUAUGUGUCCGUGAGUCUAUUUCAGAGGCGUCUUACUGUCCGUUCUGGUUCCAGUGGGAAGCAGGAGCACUCAGAGGACUUGCUGAAGAAGCACAUGGACGCUCAUUGUACCCGAUGCACAGUGCCAAGACUUAAACCAUGCAGCGCCAACAAGAACUGUGGCUCCAAGGAGAGACGGCAUCUUUUUCUUAUCCAGCAUAUAAAAACAAAACAAAACAAAAAAAGCUUUGGCGCGAGCUCAAACUCCUCGAUCAUGUCCUCACCGAGAACAGCACGGGUCUUGAACCGGGCUAAGAUUUGAAGUCCGUUAACAGAGGUUGCUUGCUUUUUUUAUUAUUAUUAUUUUUGCUAUUGUCUUUGUUCAUCCUCCACCURGGGUUCCUCUUGGUCCACUUGUGUCAGAUCAGCAGUGGCUUACUGAAAGAGAUGCUAACAACAAGAACCGAGCUCUGUACGUUUCCCUCGGAGCUCUCAGACCUUUUUAUUUUUAUUUUGCCUUAUUUUUAUUAUUAUUUUUAUGCUUUCUGCUGUUUUAACAUGCUGCCUCAUUCUCACGCACUGUGUGCUGCUUUUAUUUGUCGUACAUGAUCUCCAGCUGAGGAUGAAAGUUGUCUCGUGGUCAUUUAUUCUUCCUCUGCUAAAGAUUUCCUACUUGAAUUGCACCACUUUGCAGUUAAAUCUGUUUAUAUUCUAUCUAAGGCUCCAGGGUAUGAAAAAUAACAAGACAUCCUAAAAAUUAAAGCACUGUUUUUUUUUCACAGUUAAAGAAAUACAUUUUACUCUUGUUUCUUUAAUCCCUUUGUCCAGGAUAUUGGUAUAUGGCUUUUUCUCAUUUGAAAUAUAAUCUUAAUAAUUAGAGUGAUUAAAGAGCACAGUGAUGAUUAAUCAGUUUUGUACAUACAGUCCAUGAUUGGAAGUCCUAUCUYUAAAUCUGAGAACAAGACUGGGCUGGAUGUGAUGUAGUUCUUGCUGUUGCAAAAAAAAAAUUUUUUUUUUUGAAAAAUGAAGAGAAAUAGCCUUAUUAUUGCCGCUCACUUUGUUAUAUUUAUUUCAUAUGAUUUUUAAAAUAUAUUUUUGAUUCUAUUUUGUUAUUUUUCUGUUUUCUUUUUUUGUGGGGGGAGGGGGGAUUUCUAGCAUUUAUAAAGAGUUUUAAAAAUAUUGAUGUUAGUUUAAUGGCGAGCCAUUGUUGAAGUAUAUUGUCACUGUUUUUUAUUAUUUUUAUUUUUGAUUGUUGGUUUUGGUGCUUUUUUAUUUGCUUUGUCAUGAUAAGGUAUGCCCUCUGUGUAGGGUGCUGUUUGAUACUAAUUACUGAUGUCUGACUAGUUAGCUAAAGAUGUACAUUAGAGCUAUUCCAAGUUUGCAGUGAUGCCCUUUUGACGCCACCCCCCACCCCCCAAUCCACCUACUGCAGCUGUGGGACGAUGUUGGCAGAGGCCCGCUCCACCUCCUCCUCUCUCUUUCUCUUUGCGAUGAGUUCAAGGGCAUUCGAGACUUUAGAUGCAUAGAAGCAGAAUUAUCCGUGAAACCCCUCCCUGAUGAACUGCUGAUGUUUAGUUUGCUAAGUGAAAGCACAUGGUAGCAGGUGUAUUUUUCUGACAGAGAAAGGGGAAGCAUUGUCUAGCGACACACUUUAUACACCCUCAAAGGCUAUUUGUUCUAAAUCUGAAACUAUUCUCAUAUGAACUCUUUGUGUGGUCCUGAAGUCUUGACGAUGUUCGACAUAUAAUGAAAUACGUUACUCCUUCGAUUUCUGAUGAUUAUUGUGUCAAGAGAAAUAUAAAGAGGCGCGCGCACAAAAUGUAAUAUUCAAAGCGUGUUGAGGGCCAGCUGAUGAUGCCAUACCCCUCACUUAUGUACUUGUUCUUUCCUUUCAAACCAUAGAUGUAGAUAUUGUAUCUUGAAUUUGUAUUAAAAGCAAAAUGAUUGGAUAUAGAG